AUGUCUAGUACAAACAGCGGUUUAAGCUCUUUGAAGACCCUAUAUUCAAAGAGCACUUGGCCCUACUUAUACAGCUUAGUUCCACAGCUUUUGCCUUUCGCUCAUUACACACAAAUUCAAUUUUCGGGUCCAAUCUGCCACGAUUCCGUCAAGAAUACUGCCUUGUACUGGAGAGGUGAAAACGUCAGUGUUGACGCGGAUUCUCCUAAAGCUUCGACCCAUUCUCUGAUGGCUCGCUUAGAGCCUUCAGUCGGUUGGAAAAUGGAAGGGCCUACCGCGGGUCUUAACUGGUCAAACAGCAAAGGUUAAAAAUCUCUUAAGCAAUAUGAAAGCAAGCUAAUAGCACUUCAGAUGAGGCUGCGAACCCAAACGCUCCGAUUACACAAUCCGAUGAAGAUGUUCUGGAGGAAAUUUACGAUAAGUGCGUCAUGCAAAACUCGGUAUCGCUCACGACACCAAAUCAAGAAGAACUUCAAACCCUAACGGUACCCCAGAGCCCCUCUGCAACCCUAUCGUCAACAGAGAAGCUGACGCCAUCCUGUGAUUCUUUCGCGGAAACUUCACGCUAUUGUCCAUUGAAAUCGCAAUACCCAAAAUGUCGUCAAUGUGACUCCUACCAACAGGCGUCAAGAGUUGUUCGUAUUAUGACUAGAUACGAUAACAUUAGAAAUGGUGGAAGGAUUUACUACCUUUGUUUGAACCAUGAACCUGGCUUUAUAGUGUUUGAAGAUGAAUGGAUACUCAACAAAUCUGUACCUUGGGGAAGAGGGACCGGACAUGGAUAUCGUUGGUACAAUUUGGUUGAAAUCCAUCCUGGUUUGUCGGAGGCGUUGGAGGAGACUAAAGAUCGCUUCUUCAAGGUACCGAGUUGCAAAUUAACUGAGCAUUAG